UAAUCAAAUAAAAAUAGGCUCUUUUUCACAUUACAAUGCAGUCUUUAUCAACAUUUUCAAUGAAGAUUUUCUUCAGCCUUGACUAAAGACCAUUUAUACACCCUAUAAUUGCCUUUAUCUUCAUUCAUACUGGCAUAUUUUAAUCUUCUUGUGUUCUUCAUCUUCCUUACUUUAACUUCCAUCUAUUUUUUCUCCAUUUAANUAACCCCAAAUUAAUAACAAGGUGGCAGGUAUUAUUAGUUUCCAAUAUUUUAGUGAUGGGAGCUUGCCUGGGAAAACCUGCAAAACUUGCUCAUGCUUCAUCAGGACAAUUUUCUGAUAAUAAGCGGUCAAGUGUCGGUACAGACUCAAACCAUUUGGUUUCUUCAAACCAGCAAAAUCACUCGGGUACCUUAUGCAAUGCUGUCUUAGCUUUGAAAGGCCUCUCGAGCAACCUCAAAUCUUUCACCCUAAGUGACCUCAAAAACGCCACUAAGAAUUUCCGGUCAGAUAGCCUUCUUGGGGAAGGAGGCUUCGGUUAUGUCUUCAAAGGAUGGAUAGACGAGCACACGUUUGCCCCAAGCAGGCCUGGGAGUGGCAUGGUUGUGGCCGUCAAGAAGCUCAAGCCAGAAAGCUUUCAAGGCCACAGGGAAUGGCUUACAGAAGUUAACUACUUGGGCAUGCUAAGCCACCAAAACCUUGUGAAGCUAAUUGGCUAUUGUUCUGAAUCUGAGCAUAAGCUUCUAGUCUACGAGUACAUGCCGAAAGGGAGCUUAGAGAAUCAUCUUUUUAGAAAAGGAGUGCAACUCAUGCCCUGGGCAGUAAGGAUGCGAAUUGCAGUCGAUGUUGCCAGAGGAUUAUCUUUCUUGCAUAGCUUAGAUGCAAAUAUAAUCUACCGGGACUUGAAGGCAUCCAAUGUGCUUCUUGACUCGGAAUUCAAUGCAAAGCUUUCGGACUUUGGCCUUGCUAGGGAAGGUCCCAAAGGAGACAGAACUCAUGUUUCAACUCGAGUUGUUGGCACUCGAGGCUAUGCUGCCCCAGAAUAUGUAGCAACAGGUCACCUGACUCCAAAGAGCGACGUGUACAGCUUUGGGGUCGUUUUGCUCGAGCUUCUAUCCGGAAAACGGGCCACGGGUGAUGAUAAUGCCGGGGGAGCAGAGGAAACCCUAGUGGACUGGGCAAAGCCAUUUUUAAGUGAUGGCCGGAAAGUGUUGAGAAUAAUGGACUCGAGAUUGGGUGGUCAGUACUCAAAGAAAGGGGCCCAAGCUGCAGCAGCCCUUGCACUCAGGUGCCUUCACAUAGACGGUAGAAACCGGCCAGCCAUGACAGAGGUUCUAGCGUCACUCGAGCAGCUCCAGGCAUUGGGGAACACGCCUAGGAUUUUACCUCAUACUAACAGGGAAAACUGUAUGAACGAGAAAAUGAGCCCUCGUAGGACUACGAGAGAGAUAAGGCAAUCAAGGUAGAUUUUGGUUGAUAAAAGUCAUAGUUCUGGGUUUGUCUGGGCAUAUAUGGUAGGAAUAGUUGUAAUUUUUGUUGCUGUAUAUUUUUGGUGUAUGGCAGUGGCUAUGGAUUAUAAAUAGUUCAACAUAUACAGAAAUGGAAAUCUGGAGAAAUAAAUCGAUUUGAAGAGAAUUCAUCCCUUUUUUGUUUUAAUAAUUUCGUUUGGUUUAUUGAACUUUACCUUUCAAAGUGUCUUCACUUACGACUGCAAUCGCAUUUGGCUGAGGAAACAUAGAAAUUUGAAUAAGAAUGUGCCUAGAAGACCAAGCUUCAUAAAUACAUCAAUUAUGUUCCAUUUGAGCAUUUUUACCACAAGUAAAUACGUCAGUUAGGAGGUUCAAACUCACGUUUGUAUCGGUUGAAUGUCAAUAGGAUUUAACCGGAUUGCGACCAGCAUUCCGUGAAGUUAACUAUCUGUACAUGGAGUUCAAUUCUUCAAGAAUCACCAAAAGUUGAUUGGCUCCAGAUAGACGUGAAAGAUAUCAUGUAGUAGCCUCUGCAAAUUUGUGAGCGGAAAGCGGAUAUCAUUCACAAAACCUCUAGAAAUUGAGCUAAACCUCAAUAUAGUGAACCAAAAGACCAAGCAUUUUGACCAUGAACAGCAACUUCUUGACCAAGAAUUCAGCAUUCGAAACCAUAAUUUCAUCAUAUAUGAGUUGAUUCAUCCACCUCCUUGAUCUGCUUAUCCAGGUGGCUCAAUAUGCUAUAUAUCAUGCCCCUUUCCGAGUGAGAACAAUCCCCAGCAACAAACGCAUUCUUACUCUUUCCUAUCUCAAUCCAACUACAGCCCGCAGGUUUUUUCACGUCCUUACUCUUUAUCAACCUUCUCGUUUCCAACACCCCAUCCCAUCUGUCAUCUGCAGCAUACAGAUUUGACAAAACCACGUAAUUACCAAUGUCCCCAGUCUCGAUUUUCAAGAGGCGUUCGGCCACAACCCUACCCGUCUCCACGUCAUGGUGGGUCCUACAAGCCCCAAGAAGUGUUCCCCAUAUAUUAGCAUUAGCUUCAAAUUCAAUAGGCAUUUGAUUUAGGAAAUAUAAAGCGUCCUUAGUUCGGCCUCCUCGACCUAGAAGAUCCACCACACAAGCAUACUGCUCCAUGCUCGGCUCUAAAUGGUGCACCUGAGAUAUCGAAUAAAAAAUCUCGAGUCCUUCGUUAAUAAGGCCUGCAUGUCGGCAAGCGGACAAAAGGGCGGUCAAGAUAACGUGAUCCGGUUUAAAUCCACAGUCGAGCAUUUUGUCGAAGACCCCUAAAGCUUCCUUCCCCAUUCCAUGCAUGGCCAUUCCUCCUACCAUGGCCGUGAAGACUACAAGAUCUUUGUAAGGAGUUGACAGGUAAAGCUUAUACGUGCUACUUAUGCUCCCACACUUUGAAUAUACGUCUAAAAGGGCAGCUUUUAAAUGGGUAUCUUCAAAACAAGCUCUUACAAUGUAUCCAUGACAUUGUCUUAGAAAAUGAACCGAGGCCAUUUGACUACAAACCGGAAGAAUGCUCAUGAUAGUCAUAGCAUCUGGCCUCAAUCCUUGACUCUGUAACUCCCAGAACAAAUUAAUAGCCUCGUUAGGACACUCAUUUUGAGCAUAACCACGGACCAUGAGGUUCCAAGUAGUGAGAUCCCUUGUGGACAUCCUCUGGAAUAUAGUAUUUGCAUCUUCGUGCAAACCGUGAGCCAAAAAGCCCGAAAUCAUUGAGUUGCACGUAACUACAUUCCUCUUCCCGGAUAAAUUCGCAAACAUUUUCGAUGCGUACUCCAUACAUCCGCAUUUGGCGUACGCGUCAAGCAAUGCAUUUCCAAGAGUGGGUUCAUUGUCAG